AUGGCACGCCAACUUCAUGAUGCACUUGAAUUAUCUUUGGAGAAGUCACACAAGAACAGCGAUCAAGCUACUUGUCGCAAUACUGCUGAUCAAUUACAUGAGUCAUUGGACGCGGGUGGUCCAAAUUAUCCCUCUGGUAUAAAAUUGACCUUGAUCUUUGUGGCUCUUUGCUUGACUGUAUUCUUGGUUGCUCUGGACCAAACGAUUAUUGCUACUGCUAUCCCGACCAUCACAUCUGAAUUCCACAGUAUUGAAGAUGUUGGAUGGUAUGGCAGUGCAUUUCUCCUCACGACCUGCAGCUUUCAACUUUUCUUUGGCAACCUCUACACCCUGCUGCCCAUCAAGUGGACUUUUAUCGGUGCCUUGGUGACGUUUGAGAUUGGCUCUACAAUCUGUGGGGCGAGCCCCAGCUCUGUUGCACUCAUAGUUGGACGAGCUAUUGCCGGAAUUGGAGGCGCGGGUAUCUUCUCCGGCGCGUUGAUCAUCAUCGCCAAGUCAGUCCCCCUGGCGAAGAGGCCGGCUUUUACAGGGAUAAUCGGCGCUAUAUGGGGUAUUGCCAGUGUGGUGGGCCCUUUGAUAGGGGGCAUUUUUGCAAGUCAUGUGUCUUGGCGUUGGUGCUUCUACAUCAAUCUCCCAAUUGGCGCCAUAGCCACCCCUUUCAUCGUCCUAUUUCUGUCAUCGCCACCCCGGGAACAGCAGCUGAAACGGGGAGGUUGGGCUUUUCAACUAGGCCAGUUUGAUCCGGCGGGAACUGCCCUCUUUGUCGCAGCCAUUAUCUGCCUGUUAAUUGCUCUUCAGUGGGGAGGGAGUCGGUAUCCUUGGAGUGAUUAUCGCCAGAUAACGCUUUUAACGGUAUUCGGGACACUUAUCAUUGCCUGGGUACUGUCACAAUGGAUGGGUGGUGAAACUGCUACAGUGCCGCUCCGCAUCUUUAGAGAGCGCACGGUUGCCUUUUCGACCUUCUAUAUUUUCCUGGGCAGUGCCUCAUUUGUAAUAGUGGUUUACUAUAUGCCGAUAUGGUUUCAGGCAAUCAAGGGCGAUUCUGCUGUUCAGUCCGGGAUCCACAACCUGCCCACAGUUUUGAGUGUUGUGGUAUUUGCAAUUGCAAGUGGUUUAGGCGUCACUGCUAUUGGAUACUAUACCCCGUUCAUGAUUUUGGGGUCGAUAAUAAUGGCAACUGGGGCGGGUCUAUUUCUCCUCUUCAGAGUAGAUAGCUCCAUUUCAAUGUGGCUUGGAUUUCAAAUCGUCUUCGGUGCGGGCGCUGGUAUCGGACUCGAACUACCAAAUAUUGCUGUUCAGACAGUCCUCCCAGAAAAGGACGUCUCCAUCGGGACGUCUUUGGUGGUCUUUGCUCGUUCUCUCGGAGGCGCGAUCUUUGUCUCUGCGGGCCAAAAUGUUUUCAACAAUCGCAUUAUCUCUGACAUGCUUGCCAGGGUCCCUGAACUGAACCCCGCUAACGUCCUUCAGUCUGGAGCAACCGAUCUCCAGCAAACAGUUAGGCAAGCCGCAUUGAGCCAGACGGAUGUGGUGGCUCGUGUACUAGGGGUCUACAACGACGCUCUCGUCCAAGUCUUUCUUGUUACCUUGGUUCUAGCCUGCAUAUCCAUUAUUGGUGCUGUGGGCGUCGAAUGGCGAACUGUGAAAGAUCCUUCUAAAGUACGGGACUCGCAACAGGUCAAUUAA